AUGCGCCGAGUGCGCCUGCUAGCUGCACUGGUGGUGGGCGCGUGCAGCCAGGAGGUGAAGAAGCCCAUUGUCACGACCGGCCUGAUCCAUGGAACCGGCGAGCUGCUCUACGACAUUUAUGCAGCCACGUACCAGAGGUUCUUGCAACACCACGUUGAGAAGCACAGCAAGACGGUGCGGGAUGCCCUGGAGCCGAUGAUGCCGCCGGACCCUGUCGGCGACAUCUGUCAGACGGUGGGCGUGGAGAAGCAGGAGAUCUUCCGAAGGGUGGACUCGGCCGCGGAGCUGGCGGCGAACGCCCGGGACCAGGCGCAGGCACACGGCUCCAGGGUGCACUCCGUGCUGUCCUCCGUCACCCACACCGUGGUCGACGGCUUUGAGCGACUGCUGCCGGCGCACAAGGGAAUCAUUUCCCGCACGCCUGGAGACCUGCUCCUGUUCUGCCUCUGGGUUGUGACCGUGCUUUACCUCACGCUGCAGAUCGCCCUGGUCGCCUUCCGCAUCGCCUGGCGGAUUUUCCUCUUCGGGCUGAAGCUCUUGUGCUGCUGCGGCUGCUGUGGCCUCUGCUUCGGGAGUCGAGGCGGCGCCUCGAGCAAGAGCAAGGCGCAGGCGAAGAGUGGGAGCAAGAAGAAGUGA